CAGUCGGCGUUGGCGCACAUCCUGGCUAUGGUGUACGAAGAGUCGUAUCCUCAAUCGCUGCAAUAAAUGAUCGUUCUUUCGUGUCCCUCCCUCUCUUGCUUCAGGUCUCUCUUUCCCCACCUUAUUAAUCUCUGCGUCAGGAGAAGAGAUCGCCCUCCCCGAACCAAAAAAAGGUUUGAAGCCGAAGAAGAAGAUGAUGAUGAUGGAGAAGUGAGAGGAAAAGAAACCCUAAACGGAGAAUAAAAGAACAGCUUAAUCAUCAUCAUCAUCUUUCAUCAUGAAGAAGAGGACUUCCCUCGGCCUCGUCGCCCUCUUCACGUCUCUCACCCUCCUCAUCACCAUGAAUCUCCAAUUCGAGCACCUCAAGAUCGAUGUGCAGCAUCACGAGCCUUUCGUGUCGACGGAGACACCGUGGGGGGGCGCACUCCAGGGGCUGCCCCGCGGCAUUGUCGAAUCGACGUCCGAUUUGAAGCUGAAGCCUCUCUGGAUGAGCUCCUCCUUUGAAUCUAAAGAAACUGGUGGAAGUUAUUCAGCUCUUUUGGCAAUGGCUGUUGGCAUUUCGCAGAAAGAAAAUGUGGACAGUGUGGUUCGUAAGUUCUUACAAGAAAAUUGCUCCAUAAUACUCUUCCAUUAUGAUGGGAAUGUGGAUGGAUGGCGUGAUCUUGAGUGGAACAGCAAGGCAAUACACAUAGUUGCUUAUAACCAAACAAAGUGGUGGUUUGCCAAACGCUUUUUACAUCCAGAUAUAGUCUUUUUCUAUGACUACCUUUUUUUAUGGGAUGAAGAUCUAGGAGUGGAGAAUUUUCAUCCUGGGAGGUACUUACAGGUAAUGUCUUCUGAAGGCUUAGAAAUAUCACAGCCUGCAUUGGAUCCUGAUCUUUCAUCUGAUAUACAUCACCGAAUUACAGUCCGAAACCGAAUGAAGAAGGUCCACAGACGAAUUUACAAUCGUCGUGGGAGUCUAAGGUGCUCUAAUGAAAGCAAAGAACCUCCAUGCACUGGAUGGGUUGAAGGGAUGGCUCCUGUAUUUUCUCGUGCUGCUUGGCAAUGUGUGUGGCAUCUCAUCCAGAAUGAUUUGGUUCAUGGAUGGGGUUUGGACAUGAAGCUUGGAUAUUGUGCUCAGGGUGACCGAACAAAGAAGGUUGGGGUGAUUGAUAGUGAAUUUAUUGUUCACAAGGGAAUACCGUCUUUAGGAGGGCCCUCUGCUAACAAGGCACGAAACCGAAGAUCCUUGGAUUCACGAACCCAUAUCAGAAGGCAGUCAACAGCCGAGCUUAAAAUCUUCAAGGCACGCUGGAAUAAGGCUGUGACUGAGGACAGAAAACUUUUAGUUGCUUCUGAAGUGUUCACGAAAAGGAAAGGAUGACAUAAGAAAAAAAAAUUUAUGACACCAGUUCAAAAUUAGCUUGGGAAGGCAUCACAUUUUGUGCCUGCAGUGGCAUGACUGGUGGUUGCUUUAGGUGAGUAUGUUGACACUUAUUAUAUGUGUUAUUGCACUACUGUAGUUAUCAUGUGUAAGUCUGAUAUACUACCAUGCAGAUUUUCCAGAUGUUCUCCUGAGCUUGACAACACAUCAGAGGUUGCAUGACCAACACUGUUAAGUUGCAACAUGAGGCAUUGAUGCCUAGCAAAGCAAAAAAAUUACACACACACAGACACACACACCACAAUUCUUCAUUAAUUGUUUUUGCUUUUUAGUGCAAUGAUUUUUCUGGUUGUAUACCAUUGCUGCUAAUGCUAUGGGCAAAGUUUUAGCAAACGUUGGAAGGUUGAAAAAAAAACAAAGAGAUGCCACUGCUGCUGUACAAUUAGUAAAUCUUAAUCUUUCCUGUUCAAGUUAUUAUUUUUCAUAUACAUGUAAUUCCUUGCUGUUCAAACUGUUGAGUCUCUGUAUUGCUUCAGUUUUAGUUGACAAAGUACUUUAAGACUUUACAUUUGGGCGUAUUGUGGUUCCAACCUGCGACUGACACUGCAAACACCAGGCUUUUAUUUUUGUAUUAAUUUCUCUCAAAAGUAUAGGAGAUUCCAACCAAAUAUUGAAGAAUCUCUUUAUUAAUUGAAGAAUCUUUUACUAAGAACUUAAUAAAGAGCAAGGUUCGCAAUACCGUACCGUACCGAAGUUUCGAUCUGGGCUCGGUACCGGUACGGUACGGUAUACCGCUCGGUACACCCAGGUGUACCGAGCGGUAUAUUCAGGCGUGCCGAGUACUGUAGCAGUUCUACAGUCUACACUACUGCUACAGUGACUCUACAGUACUACUACAGUGUCGGAACGGUAACAUAUGGUCCGCGUACCGAAAGUCUGUCGGACCGGUACUGCAAACCAUGAUAAAGAGAUUCUUCAUGAUAAAGGCAUCACGGCUCAAACACCGUGGCUUGCUCGGUGGCUGGAUCAAGAGAAGUUGAGCCAACAGAAGUGAAAUGCAAAGGUAAAAGUUUCCUGUUUACAGAAUAUGGAAUAGAAGUUGACAGAUGCAUGAUGUUUUUUUCUCUUUUGGAGCAGGAAUGGACAUUUACAACUUUUUCUUCAAAAUCUUUGUUUCCUGAGUGGAGAAACGCAAACAAGGGAACACUUGGUAUGAUGCCUGCCUUAUUCUCUUCUAAUGUACAACCAAGAGUGGAGAAGCCACUCCUCUUAUUCUUGCUAUACUUUCUCCUCUUGCUAUUUCUAUUGCUAUCCAGAGUAGUGUUUGAUAUUGGUGUUGCCCCGAAAUCCUAGUGGUUGACAUUAAUUUCAGUCAGUUCUCUAAACUGCAUGAUCUUUUGCAUUCUGAAUCUAAAGAAUCAAGCAUUGUGCAACUUAGCUUCGAUUUUGAGUGACACAUUGUUGGCAAAUUUACAUAUUGUGAUGCAAUAUUGACCGACUGUUUCUAAUAAUUGGUAAGCAUUUAUUUCAAACAAAAGAAUAUCAAAAAGGGCCUAACAGCAAGUGGCUUACAUAUCUUGGGAGGUAAGAAAAUUUGACUACCUUGAAUUGGUGAGUUAUAGGAAAAAUAUCUCAGAAUAAACUCCUCAAAAACCAAGGAUUUGCAGAAAUUUCCUUUACAAAAUUAACAAUUUCCAUUGAAUCGGAUUCAAUCCAGAAAGAGAGGAAAUAGUGAGAUAGCCGCUUUAAGGUCAUGGAGAAGGGGAGUGUUACCACCAUCAAGGGUUAGAGGGAUAGUGAUAAGAAUAUUUAGUCUCACAUUGGUUGGAUAGGAGAACCAAGUGCUUAUAAGCCUGUCGGGUUAUUCUUAUCCUCAGAGGUGUCUUUUGGGGCUUACGAGUCUAUGGCAAAACCGUGCGGGCACGCCCAAAGCGGAUAAUUCCUCGUGAGCCUAUGUGGUCGUACCAAUAAUGAUCAUAUGUUGACUUAUCAUAUUGACACUAAAAAGAGGGUCAUAAGCUCUUGGCUCCCCUGUGGAGGGAGCAUUGAUAAGGACAUUUAGUCUCAUAUUGGUUGAGGAGUAGGGGAACCAAGGGCUUAUAAGUUCGUCGUGCCAUCCUUACUCUCAGAGGCACCUUUUGGGACUCACAAGUCUCGAAAGGGCAAAAUCGUGCGAGCACGUUCAAAGUGGACAAUUCCUCGUGAGUCUAUGGGGUCACACUAAUGACAACCAAAUGUUAACUUGUCAGGUAGUGGGUCACACCAAUGACGACCAAAUGUUGACUUAUCAUGUAGUGUAGCUACCUGGGAUCACACCAAUGACGACCAAAUGUUGACUUAUCAUGUAGUGUAGCGUCUGCCUCCCAUCCAUAUUGGUUCACCAGUUUGGGAUUUGAUGAGAAAGCUUUUACCUAUAGGGAGAUCAGCCAUCAUAAAAGAACCAUUGAAUUCAAGGCAAAAAUUGAAGCUCAUUUGCUUGGUAAUGAAGAGCAUCACAUGUAUGAGUAACCUGUGUAGCUUUAUAUGAGUAACAACAUCUUUUUUCCCUUCAAAUUUAGCUCAACCUCUUGUUCAUGUUCAACACCUACAAACAAGUCAUUGGUGAAUAAAAUCUUGGGUACACCACAAGACCAUUAAAAGAUCAAGUCAAUUUCGAAGACAUGCAUGUAACUUGCUCAUGUUUCAUUUUAUUUAUUAUUUUGCUACUGGUUAAAUCAGUGGAGAUAUCCACUCUUUAGGAAGAUUAAAUAGAACCAUAAGAGGAGUGAAAGAAACAUCUAUAGUAUGACGUCGUAGUGGUUAACAUAAUAUUAUGCAGUUGAUACAAUUCUGAUUCCAGUCCAUAUAAAAACAUUUUGUAUGGAGUCUAAUAUAAUAAGAGAGAUGAAUUAGUUCUUGUAAAAAAACAUAGAGGGAAAGAAGUUCUUGAUGGAAUUCAGAUUCAAGUCCAUACAAACACAUUUUGUAUGGAGUCUAAUAUAAUAAGAGAUGAAUUAGAUCUUGAAAAAAGAAAUAGAGGGAAAGAAGUUCUUGAUAGAAUUCAGAUUCAAGUCCAUAUAAAAACAUUUUGUAUGGAAUCUAAUAUAAUAAGAGAUGAAUUAGUUCUUGAAAAAAGAAAUAGAGGGAAAGAAGAAAAUAAUAGAUGAUAUGAUGUCGGAAGAAAAGGAAAAUUUGGAUGUAUAGGAUUAGCCAAUACUAAAUUUCAGAUCAUUUUCAAAGUAGAACAAGCAACAGGAUAAAAUUUUAAGUCCAUUAAAUCUAAAAGUCAACCUAUCCAGACGCUCAAUUAGUUGUCUGGGUGGGCAAGUUGAACCAGACAUGGCUCAGGCUCUCGCUCAAGCCCAAGCGCCAGGAGGAACAAGUGCCCUGUCAAGCUCUUGUCGUUGCGGGGUUUUUCUCGAUGAACAACGACAAUGAUAUCUCUUGUCAGGCUUCUUCCCCUUGUGAUGUCUCUCUUUCUCUCUUUUUCUUCCUCCUUUAUCAUUGUGCACUUCCUUCUUUCUCGGUCAUCGCAGCCCCCACAUACCCCACUUGCCCCCACCCCUCCUCCCUCUUCCGAUAUCUAAAUGAGACUAUUGUUCAAAAAAGUUGCACUUGGAGGAGGAAAGAAGGAUCUUCCAGUGCUGUUUUGUGAUGGAGAUUUAAAUUUCUCUUUCAUCAUUUGUGAAUUCACCUUGAGAGGGUGAAAUAUUGAUAUAAGUGAUAAUUUGCUAAAUCAUUUUAUCAACUUGGUUCAGGUAAGGGUCUAUUCACUUUUUUUUUGUAACUUUGAUGAACUUUGCAAGCUUUAUGUUGGUUUCUUUAAGUCUUGAAUCAGCUACAUAAUGCCUGAAUUUUGUCAAUUUUUAGUCAGGGCCAAGUUGUUUAUUUAAGAUGCCACGAUGGACCAUUUGAUUGUAUAGAUAUUUUUUGUCCAAGUUUUCUUUUACCUGACAUAUUUGGAGGUUCAUAUUUGGAAGGUUGAUUAUAUUGUGAACAUUCUCCCUCCCUAUGUACCAAAGAGCUUAAUUGAUUUUUUUCUUUUAACCCCAUCCCAUAUCUAUGUGGUGAUUAUCAAAGAUUGGGCUUCUGACAUCGAUAAAAUAUAAUAUAUAAUUUUGUCACAUCAGUAUUUUAGUUCUUAUACUAUUAAUGACUUUGAUGCCCAGUUACCAGUUAUCUUAGCUUUUUGCUGCUGCUAAUUUUUUUCAAGACAGUUGUCAUUUUUUUCGGAUCUAAAUGGAAGAUAGAUCUUAGUUGACUUUGUUGUUUUUUUCUCAAAAUUUAAUGCUACUCUGUGCAAAUGUGGUAAAAUUCAUUUUUAUGGCACAUUACUUUAAACAACAAUCUAAAAGCAAAAUGCAGGACUGUGAGGUGGAAUGUGUCUCUUAGUGAUGCACUUUGUGGAAAAUUGACUUUAAUGGACAACAUGGAAUAAUUACAUGAGGAUAGAAUGGAGAUUAUAUAUGAAUGCACAUGGAAUAAUUACAUGAGGAUAGAAUGGAGAUUAUAUAUGAAUUGCAUUCGGCAUAUGGAUAUCCUUUGUCCAUAUUAAUUGUGAAAGAAAUUAUUACUCGGUGUUCUCUCUAUUUCAGGUGUUGUGUUGUUGGAAUAUUUCAAAGAACAUGCAGAAAGUGCCUGUGCUCCCUAAGUUGGCUGAGACAUCGGCUCAUCGCUCUAUGGGUUGGUAUGACGCCGAGGCGUAGAGGCAUGUGGGAAGGGUAAGUCCUGAAAUUUUUGAAGAAAAUCUCAUAUGCAUUUUUGAAGAAAGUGCUAUAAUUCUCUCGUGCAUGCUUAUAUUCUUUGUUUAUAUUCUGCAACUUGUUUAUCCUUCCUAAAAACUUUGGCUGUGCACUUAUUGCCAACUGAGUUGCACACUCAUCUAUUUCUUUCUAGAUUAAAGUAAAACACUAAUCAGGCAGAUGAAGUGCAUCAAAGUUGCUAGUCAUCAGUAGUUGUCGGCAUGGCUUUAUCUAUCAUACAUGUAAAACACAUGCUAAAGAGAAAUCCAAAUUUGAAUCACUAAUUUUGAUGUGGUUUCUUAUUUAGUUUUAUCUCAAGUUGGUUUGCAUAUAACAUACUUGUUCAUUAUGUUAUGGUUGAACUAAACCUAGAACUAUUUGUUCCUUAACAAGCACUAGAUUAAAUUGAAGCCAAUGCACAAGAACAGAAGAACUGCAUAGAUCUGAUGCAGAAUAGGCGUCCACAU